AUGGGUUGUCUAUCAAUAGUAUUGCUCUUAUUUGCCGUUGUUUAUCUGACAGUGGCAUUCACCCCGACUCAGAGGCAAUUUCAAAAUGAAGCAUUGGCUAAACAUAAUGAAUAUCGUUCAAAAAAUUGUGUCAGUCAAUUAACACUAGAUGAUCAAUUGAGUGCAACUGCUCAAGCUUAUGCAGAAUAUUUAGCAAAUACGGGAAAAUUCCAACAUAGUGGUGCAAAAGGUUUGGGUGAAAAUCUGUAUAUGAUGCGUGGAUCAGGUCAAAUUACUGUUAAUGGUAUUCAACCUACAAAAUCUUGGUACGAUGAAAUAAAUUUAUAUAAUUUCGAGCGACAAGGAUUUACAUCAGGAACAGGGCACUUUACACAAGUAGUGUGGGCUGGCACAAAAAAAUUAGGCAUGGGAAUUGCUUAUGGAAAUGAUGGACGAUCAGCUGUUGUCGUUGGUUAG